GCCAUACUUCCCCAUUUCCCAUUUCUCCUCCUACUCAUUCCGUGGUAGUUGGGGUACAUCGCUAGCGGGUACCUAGGUAGGUAGACCCGGCUCCACCCCGGCUUUCCUAUGCUUACUGGUCGCUUGGGGGUUGCGAUGAAGGGAACUUUCCAAGGCUUUGGUGUAGCAGUAUUUUUUUUUUUUUUUUAGGUAAUUGUGAGACAUUAUAUAUAUCAUCUACCGUCGGCUUGCCUCGAUUCCCAAUUUACUUUUCCCAUUGCCUCUUUUUUGACACAUCGGAUGUUAGCCGUUCCUGCUUUUGCUUUGUUCUCGGGGUUAUAAUACCACGAGCAUCGACUACGGCCGCAGAUCUUUAACCACUUUUAGUCCCGCUGCCCGAUCGAUAUCGACGUGGGACCAAUUCAUCCCUAUAGAAGGCCACCUGGGUAUAGAUCUAUGUCGCGCGAUUGGUCUUCAGUUGUGUAUCUCAUCAGCCUCUGACCCGAGCAGCCUUAGUAUAUCGACUUUGGCCGAAUCUCGCAUAUCAACUCUGAACGCAAGCUAAAUUUGACAUAUUCAUCAUGGGGAAAUAUUUUGGCCUUCGAGGCAACUGGCUGAACUAUGCCAUAGGCAUAAUUGCCGGAUGUGAUUUCUUACUUUUCGGAUAUGAUCAGGGUGUGAUGGGCGGCAUUCUCACCAUGCAUCAGUUUCUUGAAGCUUUUCCGGAUAUAAAUCCAGAGGCUCAAGAUAUAGACAGCACAGAGCAAGCGAAACGAGCGUCGACCCAGGGUAUCGCUGUUGCGGCAUACAACCUGGGAUGCUUUGUCGGCGCCGUUACUACUAUUUUCAUCUCGAACCCCCUCGGUCGAAGGCGAAUGAUUAUGCUUGGCACUACAAUCAUGGUUAUCGGUGCUAUCCUACAAGCUAGCGCUACUACGCUCCCUCACUUCAUCAUCGGCCGUGUAAUUACUGGACUCGGAAACGGAGGCAACACGUCAACUGUUCCUACUUGGCAAUCGGAAACUUCGCGCUCUCACAAACGAGGCAAGCUGGUUAUGAUAGAAGGUGCUUUAAUUACGUGCGGUAUUAUGAUCAGCUACUGGAUCGAUCUCGGCUUCAGUUUCAUCGACAGCAGCGUCGCUUGGAGAUUCCCGCUUGCUUUCCAAAUCGCAUUUUGCUUGUUUAUCUUGGCCUUCAUUUGGAAUCUGCCAGAGUCUCCGCGAUGGCUAAUUUUAAAGAACCACGAGGACGAAGCCCGGGAAGUCCUUGCCGCUCUAGGAGACACAACGGCCGACUCUCAGGAAGUUCAAAACGAGUUUACUGCUAUCAAGGACACCGUUCUCGAGAUGUCCAAGGGCAGCUUUAGCGACUUGUUCACUAUGGACAAGGACAGGAACCUCCAUCGCACGUUACUUGCUUUUGUGAAUCAGAUGUUCCAGCAGAUCAGUGGAAUUAACCUUAUCACGUAUUACGCCCCUGUUAUUUAUAGCGGACUCGGUAUGAACGACUUUAUGGCUCGACUACUCGCUGCUAUCAACGGUACAGAAUACUUCCUUGCUUCGUGGCCUGCUGUGUUUCUCGUCGAAAGAGUUGGUCGGCGGAAGCUCAUGCUCUUCGGUGCUGCCGGCCAAGCUAUCAGCAUGGCUAUUCUGGCUGGUGUAAAUUCCGCGCCUGAUAAUAAAGCAGCCCAGGGUGUUGCUAUUGCCUUUUUGUUCGUUUUCAACACAUUUUUCGCUGUCGGCUGGCUUGGAAUGACUUGGUUGUACCCCGCUGAAAUCACCACUCUCCGAACCCGUGCGCCGGCCAACGCGCUCUCCACCUCUUCCAACUGGAUCUUCAACUUCCUCGUAGUAAUGAUCACCCCCAUAGCAUUCAACAACAUCCGGUAUCAAACUUACAUCAUAUUCGCAGUGAUCAACGCGUUCAUGGUGCCAUCGGUCUAUUUCUUCUUCCCCGAGACGGCAUACCGUUCGCUCGAGGAGAUGGAUUCCAUCUUCCACAAGGUACAUGGUGCCAAGGGUUACUUCACGGUCGUGGACAUAGCUGAGAAGGAGCCCCGCCGCUACGGCAAGAACGGCGAGUUACUAAUCGUCUACGAGGAGACGGAGGAGCAUAAGGCCCACAUCGCGCGCCCCGCGCACAACGAGGGCGGGGGUUCGGGUUCGGGCUCGGCCUCGCUGGCCACGGAUGCCGAGAAGGCGCAGGGCGGCGCGUUUGUCGAGAACCACGGCUAGAGAUUCAUGUAUAUACCCAUUAUGUGCUAUUAACGGGUAGUAUUUUACCACCCUUAAUUUGAAUUACCUAGAUCUCAUAUGGAAAGCUCCUAUGGAUAAUUAGAUGAUUAUUUUUAGUUUAGAAGUUAUUUAUUUAACCCUAUUUACUGUAUAUAUCCAUUAUGAAGGAGAGCCUUAUGGCGCUUAAGCGAUAGAAGUUCGAGAUCAAAUAUAGUUCUUGGAACCACCACUACAAGAACUAUGAUGCCUAGCU